GCAAAAUUCUUCGUCUUCCCCCAAACUUCUCUCGUGUUUUCUCGUAGCUCUUUUUUCGUACAGGAUUUUAAUUUAUGGACAAAGGAUGGGGUCUUGCCCUUGAAUCCGAUACAGCUACUAGUAAUUUUUUCUCGAGCAAAACUAGUUCUACGAAGGGUAGUUCCUUUACGCUGAACCAGCAACGAGACAUGUUUCAGUUUCCGUUCAGCCUCGCCGGGUCCAGAGAUGACCGCCAGCGAGCCUCCGCUUAUUCCUCCUCGCCGUCCAAUGAUACACGGAUUCCCGUCGACGAGGUUGACUUUUUCUCCGAUAAGAAGUCGAGGGUCGUUGAUGAUGACCGUGUUAAGAAGGAACACGGCAACGGCAAACCAGCUCCCGCCUCUUAUUUGGAUGUAAAUACUGGGUUGCUUCUUCUGACUGCCGGAAGUGAUCAAUCAACUGUUGAUGAUGGUGUCUCAUCGGAUAUGGAAGAUAGGCGAGCCAAGGAUGAACUGGCACAAUUACAAGUGGAGUUGAAACGCAUGAAUGCUGAAAAUCAAAAGCUUAAAGACAUGCUUAGCCAUGUCGGCAACAAUUACACUGCUCUCCAGAUGCACCUUGUCACCUUAAUGCAACAGCAACAAAACCCAGAAAUCGAAACCACCGGAGAACAACACCGGAUUCAAGAAGUGAAAUCCGAAGAGAAGAAACAUGGUCAAGAGAUAAUGCCUUUGAAAAUAUUAGAUCCAGGCCCCUCCGGUGGAGCCGAAGCAGCCUCGACUCAUUCAUCGUCGGAAGAAAGAACUCGUUCAGGGACACCUCGAAACAACGUGGAAAACAGAAUCGGUAGAGAAGAAAGCCCUGAAUUCCAGAUCUGGCGACCUAACAGCAAAGUCCCGAAGCUGAAUUCUGGGAAACCGAUUGAUCAAUCAGCCGAGGCCACCAUGAGGAAAGCUCGUGUCUCGGUUCGAGUUCGAUCGGAAGCUCCAAUGAUCACUGAUGGAUGCCAAUGGAGAAAAUAUGGACAAAAGAUGGCUAAAGGAAACCCGUGUCCUCGAGCUUAUUACCGAUGCACCAUGGCUAUUGGUUGUCCCGUCCGGAAACAAGUUCAACGCUGCGCUGAUGAUAGAACAAUCUUGAUAACAACAUACGAGGGCAACCACAACCACCCACUUCCGGCGUCGGCGAUGGAAAUGGCAUCAACAACGGCGGCAGCGGCCAGCAUGUUGCUUUCAGGGUCCAUGCCAAGUGCAGAUGGUAAUAUCAUGAACCAAAACUUACUUGCAAGGACAAUCCUUCCAUGCUCCUCGAGCAUGGCAACCAUAUCGGCCUCGGUGCCGUUCCCCACCGUCACAUUGGACCUCACACACUCACCGAACCCUCUACAAUUCCGAAGCCCGCCGCCGCAACCGCAGCAAUUCCAAGUCCCUUUCGCCUGCCAACCCAAAAACUUGCCUCAGGUUUUUGGUCAGCCAUUGUACAACCAGUCAAAAUUCUCAGGCCUGCAGCUGUCACAAGCCCCACAUCCUCAAUUGCAGCAACCUCAACAGCCUUCGUUGGCCGACACGGUUACCGCCGCCAUCACGAAAGAUCCUGGCUUCACCGCAGCCCUGGCGGCCGCCAUCAAAUCCAUCAUUGGCGGCGCUCAUCCGAAUAGUAGCAGCAACACUUCCCACAACAACAACAACAACACAUCAAGCAACACGUAAUAACUAAGAUCUUAGAACACACACACACACAACGUCAUUCUUUCCUAUCAUGGUUCCAUUUU